AGAAGGGCGUGUCUUGAGACGAAUCCCAGCUCUUGAUUGGUCUGCGAGUGUUUGGCGUGGUGACGUAUGCUCUGUGCGUGUCAGCGCAGGAAGUUUUUAAAGAAUCGCUGGUGUGUUUGAGUCUCAGACCAUGAAUUACGUGGGUCAGCUGGCGGAGACGGUGUUUGUGACCGUUAAAGAACUGUAUCAUGGGCUGAAUCCGGCAACACUCACCGGCGGCAUCGACGUCAUUGUGGUUCGCCAGCCUGAUGGCAGUUUCCAGUGCUCGCCGUUUCACGUACGCUUUGGAAAACUGGGAGUCCUGCGGUCCAAAGAGAAAGUGGUAGAUAUUGAGAUCAAUGGAGAGCCUGUGCACCUGCAUAUGAAACUGGGUGAUAAUGGAGAAGCUUUCUUUGUGGAAGAGAAUGAAGAUUUUGAGACGAGGGUUCCCGCUCAUCUCUGCACCUCUCCGAUCCCCACUGAUAUUCCUGAAGUUUCUGAGGUCACUGAAUCUCCCUUCAACAUCACGUCUUCAUCCAGUCGACGCAAGAAACGCCGCAGGAAACGGGCACGUUCUGACACGCACAUGGAUGUCAGUUCCUCCUCAGAUGAGAAAGAGAGUCUAGACCAGGAUGUCCAUAAAGAAGAAUCUCCUAUGGUGACAUGUAAGUCUGUAUACUACUCACUGUCAGAGGAACCUUAUGAAGAACUGUCAGGAGCUCAGAGCAGAGAUGUGUACCCUCACUCUGAUGGAGAAUGCUCUGUUAAUGAGAGUACAGUGUUCUACAGUCGCCCCUCCUCUCCUAAGAGUGAUUCUGAGUUGUUUAAACCGCAGGAGUCUGUAGGACCUCACAUGCAGUGGAACUGGGGUGCUUUUCCAAAGGUGUGCCAGGCAAAGAGAGAUGAAUCUGAUGCCCAGUGUGAUCCACCCUCACCCCUCACGCCACCUGGCCACUCCCACUUCCGGACAAUCCAUCGUCAAACGUCUUUUGAGGUGGAGACGACUGAUUCUAUGGCAACAAUAACCGUAGUGAGACCAGAACCUCAGAUUGCUACGACCAACCCAGUCCCAUCUGAAAUUUACAAUUCGCCAACAAAUAACGUACAGCUGGACGUCAAGGUCAAGGAAUCGCAUGUAGUGAACUUGCAGUCCGCAGAGGACUCCUUACCAUCGGCUUGGACUACAGUGGAAACCAAAAAGACCAAAGACUAUGCAACUGUCACUGUUAGCAGCGCAGAAAAUGACGCCAAAAUGUCUAAUAUAUCUAGCACCUCUAACAUUCAUGGGACCAAUUCAGUUGUGGAUGACUCCAAAAGCCAAGAAAUUUCUUGUGUUACUUUUAUUGAGACGUACACUGAUAAAGUUUUAGAAGCAGAAACUGUGAUAAACUCAUCAGGCACAAUCACUUCCGCACCAACUUCCUUUAGCCCGAGUUCUCCCGAAAAACUGUCACUCAACACGGGACAGCCAGAGGAGGGUGCGAGUGUAGAGACCUUGUUAACCAAUCAGAAUGCUGAUAGUGCUGGAUUGACAGCAGAUGUGGAAUCUGUCAUCAAAUCAGAAGAUCAAACGGUUCUUGUUGAGUCUGUCUCGAAAGCAUCAGACUCUCCGGACAAGAGGAAAGUCAAGCGGAGUCAUCAUUUGGGACCAUCAGAUAUUUAUCUUGAAGAUCUGUCCACUCUUAACCCUGAGGUCGCUGCCCUGUACUUCCCUAAGAGUGAGGCAGAGUUGGAACUCCGCACAAAUCAUCCACCUGACCCGUCUCCUCCCUCGGAUCAGCCACUGUCGCUGGCCAGUGCAAACACGGACAGCGGCACAGAGUAUCUGUCCGACUCAACGACAGACACGCUGGACGUCACCAUGUCCCUGUGCGGAAGAGGAGACAUCAGCCAGAUCAGUAAAGAGAAAUUCACAGAACAACUGGUCAAGUAUCAAGACUUUGUCAGCAACCCUGGAAUUGUCGAAGAUCCAAACCUUGUCAUCUGCAUCAACUCAAAGUAUUAUAACUGGGCAGUAGCUGCUCCAAUGAUUCUGUCAGUUCAAGCUUUCCAGAAGAAUUUACCAAAGAGCACCGUUGAGAAACUAGUCAAAGAUAAGAUGCCAAAGAAAUCUGGCCGCUGGUGGUUCUCCUGGAGGAGAAAAGACAUGAACAAUAUUGAGAGAAGCUCAAAGCUAGUGGAAAACCAACUGGAAGCAUCUGCCUCUGUCACUGGACCCUCAACAUUGAAGAAAUGCUCUGUUGAACUCUCGAGUGACGACGACGGUUCCAUCUCUGUGCGGCAGAAGAGUGACAGUAUGAACACAGCGCAGUGUAUCAGUCAGAUGUACCGUAAAUCACUGCGACUGACCUCUGAACAGAUUGAGGGUUUGAAUCUGCGUGAGGGAGCUAAUAAGGUUGUUUUCAGUGUGACGACACAGUAUCAGGGCACCUGCCGCUGUGAAGCCGCCAUUUACCUCUGGAACUAUAAUGACAAAAUCAUCAUCUCAGACAUCGAUGGGACCAUCACAAAGUCAGAUGCACUCGGUCACAUUUUACCACAGCUGGGGAAAGACUGGACUCAUCACGGCAUUGCCAAACUAUAUCACAAAAUACAUCAGAAUGGCUAUAAGUUCCUGUACUGUUCGGCUCGAGCUAUAGGCAUGGCGGACAUCACUAAAGGUUAUUUACAGUGGGUGAAUGACAGAGGAACUGAAUUGCCUAAAGGACCAGUGCUACUGGCUCCCAGCAGCCUUUUUUCAGCACUACACAGGGAGGUAAUUGAGAAGAAGCCAGAGGUUUUUAAGAUCGCUUGUCUCACUGAUAUCAGAGAUCUCUUCAGUCCCGUCAGACAGCCAUUCUACGCCGCCUUCGGCAACAGAACUAACGAUGCUUAUGCAUAUAAGGAGGUUGGUGUACCAGAGAGUCGUAUAUUUACUGUGAACCCAAAAGGAGAACUCAUACAGGAAAAGACCAAAGGCAACAAGUCCUCGUACUCUCAUCUAAGCGAGCUUGUGGAUCACGUCUUCCCCUUCAUCUUUAAAGACCCAACCACAUCCUUCGACUGUCCAGAGUUCAGUCAUUUCUCAUUCUGGAGAGAGCCGUUACCUCCGGUGGACCUCACUUCCUUGAUCUAGACACAAUAUAGAUUUUUUAAUUUUGGGGAAACUAUUCCUUUCAAACGCAGCCAAAUGCUUGCUGGUUAGUGAAUGUACAGUCAUAAUGUCGUAACACUACACUGAGCCUCUUCCUCGACAUUUGAAAUAAUUAAUACUCCGAUAAAAUUGUUUUACCCCCAUUCAGUACUGUUCUAAUGCCAUUGUGUGCCUACAGAUAAGCUUGUGGACUUCCAUUACUGUCAGCAGAGCUGUGAUUAUAAAUGUACAUUCAUUUCAAGUUCUUUACCAAAUAAUGGCCUAUAAAGGAUUCAAGGGCUUUUGUUUUAUUUGUAUUUUUUGUAUAAUUACUUCUUAGGAGUGGUUACUGUAAGAGUUUGAAUAUGAUUUUAUCAGCAUAUAUUUAAUGCAGCUAAAUUGUGCUUUUAUUUAUUAAGAGCGUUCAAAUUGUGCUAAAACGAGGACAAUCUAUAUUCAUUUGGCUUUCAUUUGUUGUAUACAGGGACGUUAAAACAAUAAAAGCAUUUGUGUGCAAUCAAUGAUCACAUUUGGGCAGUUGUGUCGGAAAAAUACAGAUCUUUUCAAAGCAGUUUAUUUUUAUUUUUACCCGAAUAGACUGUAAAAAAAACUUAAAGUUUCUUCUUAAGGUCUUUUUACGUUUUCUCAACUUAAAGGUGCACUCAGUAAUUUUUUCCUCAUUAAAAAGGUUUAACUCCUAAAGACAUGAAUUGUAAUUUUGUAAUAUACGUAUGUAUGAAUUCAUGAGCACUCACAUUAAAAUGAAGACUCCAGUCAUAUCAGUAACCUUAUAAAAGCUGUUUUAUUCUACAUGGAGAGGGUCCACACAUGGGGGCGGCCAUGUUAGAAUCACAUGGCCAGCCAAAUAUUACUCUCUUAUUCUCAGUAACUGUCCUGUUAUUGGACACAUUCACUCAUUGAUUAAAGUAAUCAUGUCUGACUGUGAAUACUACAUUUCUACAAUGACAUCUCAAACUGAAAACUAGUGAUUUUAAAUGAUGCUGCAUCCAAGCCACAUUUGUAAGUCCAAGAUGACACAAAGACAAAAGUUACUGAUGGCACCUUUAAAGACAAAUUAGGUCCAACAAACUGAGAAAUAACAGUAAUGUCUACAUGUAUUCCCAAGUUUAACAAGCUUGCAUUUUUAAGUUUAAAACGUUUAAAAUAGAGUUUGUCUGACUAAGUGUUUGUUGUAUUUUUUAGUGUUACUGAGUCAUAACUGAACAUAAGGAUGAAGACAGGAUGUUUUGCAAUGAUAUCUUUUUUGC